GCGGUUGACCUUCAACUGACCUUCAGGAAAACCGCUUCACAAGGCCGCUUCUAAGAGUCAUGCGCUUGACUACCAGUGUUCAGAAAUAUGUUAGGCGCCUCUCCUCAAGUGUCCGUAGUAACCAGUUGGACAUUACAAAAACUUCCUUGAGGGAUGUGAUUGUCCAGAGGACCGGUACACAAUGUAAUUCCUUCCUGGAAGACAGAGAAACCAGGAUCACGAAAUUAACUAAUGGUCUUCGGAUAGCCUCACAGAAUAAACUUGGGAGUCAGUGUGCAAUAGGAGUAAUUAUAAAGGCUGGUCCUCGGUAUGAGGGUAGUUUUGUCAAUGGGACUUCUCACUAUUUGGAGAAACUCGGAUUCCAUUCGUCUGAGGCUUUCGCUGAUCGAAAUGCAGUUCAAGAAACUAUGGAAAACUGCAACUCCAUAUUUGAUUGUCAAAUCUCAAGAGACUUCAUAAUCUAUGCGGUUUCUGGAUUCAAUAUGAAUAUGGAUCGGCUCGUACAUGCUUUAUCUGACACGGUUCUUAGGGCAAAAGUUACUGAAGAGGAAGUUGAAAUGGCUGCUAAAAGUAUAUCUUUUGAACUUGAAGCGUUGGAGCGAUCACCCCCGGUUGAACCAGUUAUGAAUGAAUUACUACAUAUUGCUGCUUACAGAAAUAAUACACUUGGCCUACCAAGAUAUUGUCCUAAACAGAAUGUGGGCAAAAUUGCUCGUGAAGAUAUCAUCAGAUUUGUUGCUGCUCAAUACAGACCGGAACGUAUGGUGAUUGCUGGUGUAGGAAUUGAACACGAUUCCUUGGUAAAAGCAGCUGAAAAGUAUUUUGUUCCAACAGUGCCAAGUGUAUGUACUGAGAAGCUAACUUGUGAUAUACCUCCCCCUGACAAUUCAGUUUCUCAGUAUACUGGUGGUUAUCAUAAAUUAGAGCGUGACUUAUCACAGUAUCAUGCGCCGAUGCCUGAAUUCGCUCAUGCUGCCAUUGGUUUUGAAUCAUGCAGUUAUACAGAUGGAAAAUUUGUUCCAGCUUGCGUGCUCCACUCUCUUCUAGGCGGGGGUGGAUCAUUUUCGGCCGGUGGACCGGGAAAGGGCAUGUACACUCGACUUUAUGUGAACAUUUUAAAUGAGCAUCAUUGGAUCAAUUCAGCACAGGCUGAAAAUCAUGCAUAUGCUGAUUCUGGGUUAUUUACUAUUAUUGGUAGUUCGUGUCCACCGUAUCUUGAUCGUUUAGUUUACACUUUGAUUAAUGAAUUGCGUCGUACCAUAACAUCGUCAAUAACAAGUGAAGAAUUGUCAAGAGCUAAACGUCAAUUGGAGUCAAUGCUUUUAAUGAAUCUGGAGACUCGUGCAGUUAGUUUUGAAGAUAUUGCUCGUCAAGUGUUAACGGCGGAUAUAAGACGUGAACCAGAUUAUUGGGUUGAUCAAAUAAAUAAAGUAACAGAAGAUGAUCUUCAUGAGCUUCUUCAUCGUAUGGUCUAUCAGUCAAAACCAACAUUGGUUGGUUUCGGACGAGUGGACAAACUACCAACUCUGGACGAUGUAAUCUCUGCUUUGAAUGAAUCUUCCAAAGAAAAAUCUACACUUACCAACAAAAUCCCAAACUUUUCAAACGGUUUAUAUAAUUGCAUUUUCUGCCUAAUUUUCAUUGAAUCUUCCGUCAAAAAAUCCUAUGUAAAUUAUUCAAUAAAUGUUUGAUUUCAGUUAUUGGACAGUGAAGAGAGAGAAAUAGAGGUUUUGGUUUCUCCAUGCUCAGUCAUACCAUGAUGUUGUUUUAUUUGUAGCUGAUGAGAUGUUAUUGACUGCUUAACAUGGAUAACUUAAAGUUCAUCUAGAA